AUGACAUCGGAUGAAUUACUACAUGCAAACAAACUUUAUUAUUUUUUUGCAAUACCUGAAGAUAAUUGUAAAAAGGAGCUUUUAGAACUUUGCAUAAUAUUUAAAGCUGUCAAUAGCAAACCAGAAAUGAUAAUAAAAGGAUACAAUUCAACACCAAUAUCGCUCAAAAAUAUAAAAAUUGAUGUUAAUAAAUUGUAUUAUAAAGAUGAAGAUGGAGUUAAAGAAGUGCCAAACUUAAAUAAAACUACUAAUGGCCUAUUUUCACUAAAUGAAUAUGAACUUUUAAAAUUUUUUUAUGAUUGGUCGUCAACUGGAAAGAACCGUAUGAUAACGAAGAUAUUCUACUUUGCACCGCCACAAGAAAACUAUAUAUUUCCAUUGGAAUACAUUCUCUACUCAUCAAAUGAGACGGUGGUCAGACCAAAUUGCUCAAUCAAUGGAUACAGUUAUGGUUAUCUUUAUUCAGUUUAUUGUAAUAAAAAAUUAGUUAACCUAGAUGAAUUGGAUGCUAAUGGAGUAGCAAAAGAUGGUUUAUAUCGCUCGGUGAUUUUGUUUAUACAUCAGAUGUUACAAGUUUCAAUACAACUUUAA